GGAAACACUGAAACCAAAUAAUAAAAAAGAAAUCGCCUUCGAGUUUCUCUCUCUCUCUCUCUCUCUCUCUGCUCUUGAUCGUCGCCGGGAACUGAAAGGGAGACAUGGCCAAUGACGGAGAAGCUUCGUUCUCGGCGGAGACACCGAGAGGCGCCGGCGGAAAGCUGAGGCGAAAACCGGCCAGGAAGGCUCCGGCGACGCCGUACUCGCGGCCGGCGCAGAAUCAGUCUCAACGGCGUUGGAUCUCGAGAAUCGUCGACCCUGCUUACCGGAUUCUCUCCGGAGGCGCCACCAGAAUUCUCCCUUACUUCUUCUCGAGGGAAAACGCUGCUCCUGCUCUUCCCGCUUCCGAUGCGCAAGAGCAAUAUCAUCAAGAUAAGUCACAAAUUGAUUUGAAGGAUAAUGUUGAUGACGGUAAUCUUACCCCGGGGUCAAAUAACCUAGUUCCAAUAUCAACCAACGUGGGAGGUCCUAGGAUUAAAGAAAAAGGAGAACACGCUUGUUUCGAUAUCAGUGCACAAGCAAAAGGAAAAACGACUUCUAAUGAUGAUGGUGGAAUCUCAGAGCUUGAAAGGCUAAUGGAGGGGAGAAAAUUUUCUCGGGAUGAAGUUGAUCGCCUUUUAGAGAUAAUAAGUUCAAGGGCUGUUGAUCUACCUGAUGCCGGGAAGGAAAAGAAAAAUGUAGGUAUGCCUUUGGAUGAAGAAGCCAAGAAUUUUGGGGUUUCUCUGCAAAUGAGGAAAGAGACUAUCAGUGACAAGGAGACUAAAAAUGACCUGUGGGCAGUGUCAACCCAUCUCACCAAACCUAUUGUACCGGACGAGGUCGGUCUUUCACCAGUUGAACUUGCUAAGGCGUAUAUGGGAGGACAGACACCAACCCUAGGUUCCAAGGGUCUUUUGUCAAUGGAUGAAAGGGAUAAUUUCGAUGGGGAUAUAUUUUCAGCAAAACCGUCAAUAGCAUCGCCCUCAUGCAAGCCAUCCACAUGUUGGCCCGGUGCAAAGUCAACAGAGCAAUAUGGUUUUGGGACUCCACAAAGUCAACGAGAAAGGUUUGGGCUCCAUAAUCUUCCAAGGACCCCAUAUUCUAGAACUAUUCUCUCAAAGUCCAAGUCAAAGUUCAUGCAAUUGCAAGAUGAUAGUAGCAAGCGUCUGAACAUCUUCCAGUCUCCAUCUCAACAUAUGCAGACACCAUAUGGACAGCUCACACAAAGCAAGGGAAUAAAUGCUGACCGUGGAUCAUUCGGGCCCAGCCGAAGACUUCGCCAGAAUGCUACAACAGCUUCUAGGAUGUCUCCUUAUUCUCGUCCUCCAACCGGUACCCCCCAGUUGGAGAAUUCUGAAGGCUUCUUUCCGGCUAUCAAGAAGAGUACUGAAGCAGGGGGGCCGGGUAGCUCCUUGAGGUCACAGUCAACAUAUGCUAAGCAUAAAAGGUCUGAAAUUGGUACCCCGACUGUGCCUCCACAUUCUAGUCAGAUUGCUCGGACAAUAUUGGAGCACCUCGAAAGGAACCAGCCCACUCCAAAAGAUAAGUCUGCCGAGUUAAAGCUCGCCACUUCGUGGAGAAAGUCCCAGCCUCUGGAUGGUGCGGAAAAAAGUAGCUUGAACGGGAACAAUGUCGAUAAGGAUGGUUCGGCCGCUGCAUUGAACAGUGAUAAAGGGAUCUUUUUGCCUAACAAUCUGCCAUCCUCUAUACCUAGACCUAUUUCAGGUACCACCUCUAGUAAGGUUGAAAAUGCAAGGAACAAAACUGCUACAGCGUUAAACGGAGCAUUUAGAGGAAUACAAGCAGCAAACAGUGGUGGUUCUGCACUCUUAUUUGGAUUUGGAGAGCCUAAGGAUUCUAAUACCAAAAGUAAACAUGAAGAGGAUACCGCGAAAGCUGUUCCCUUUCCUUUGGUGCUCGAAGCCCCGAGUCUCCCGAAACCCGCAUCUCAUUCACCAGGCACAAAACCGGUUCUUCCCGCCCUUUCCGUCGCCAAACCAAUCCAAAGAUGGGCAGUCUCUUCCGACCCGAGCUCGGGCUUCACUUUUCCGGUCUCGUCAUCUUCCGGAGCGUCAUCAGAGCCACCGACUCCGUCCAUCUUGCCGUCCUCACCGCCCACCACUGCUUCUGCAAAUGAGAAAAAGAAGGACGAUGACGAAAUUCCUGAGUACAGUUUCGGUAAUAUCAGAUCAUCUCCUUAUCUCGAUUUCUCGGUUCCUUUUACGAGUGAUGCAUCGUCUGUUCUUGAGGAUGAUUCGUUUUCGGAUCUCAAGUUCACGUUCGGGUCUGAGAAUGAACAGAGGGUUUCCUUCGGAUCAGUUGGAAAUGAUGCUGUUUGCUGCUAACAAAGUGAAAACAGAGGAGGAGAGGGUAUUUUUUUUUUUUUUUUGGAACUUCGAUUGUUUCUUCAUUCUAUCUGCUGAAUUUCUGUUGGAUACUAAUCAGAAUAUUGAGCUGAAUUUUAGGUGGAGGGCCUUCAGUUCAUACAAUGGUGGAUUUAUUGAUGAAUAAAUAAAUUUGGAGGUUACAAUA